UGGGGGGGUGUGGGGGAGAGGGGGAGAAGGGAGGCCUCAGACUGGGAACACUUUUGUUUGUUUUAAAAAAANGAGAAGAAUUGCCUGGAUUUAUUCAGUGUGAAUAGAUGUUUGCCGACUUAGCAGAAAGGGAGUUACCAAGAAGACAUCCAGACAAGAACUGCCUCUCCUCCAGUGGGAAAUUAGUGAUAAGAGUUAUUGCUGAUCUUCUGUUUCAAAUACCCCCCCCAACCCCCCUAAAAAAAUCUCUUACUCCCAACCCCAUUCCCCCCAAAAAAAUCGUCUCCUCAGCUCUACAUCUGAAACUUCGAGAUGGCUAAAAAACAAAGUCAAAAGGAUCCCACCGGAGUGGUGUUUGACACGAGAUCCAAAGCUGUCAUGGCUCACGGAGGAUCCAACGAAAACAUAAAGGAAAAGAUUACUGCAGUCCGGGCAAUCGUUCCGAACAGAAGUAAAAAUGAAAUCAUUUUGGUGCUGCAGCACUACGAUAACUGUGUGGACAAAGCUGUUCAGGCCUUUAUGGAAGGUUAUGCCACGGAGGUGCUAAAGGAGUGGAGUGUAACGGGGAAAAAGAAGAACAAAAAGAAGAAGAAGCCAAAGCCACAGGUUAAAACAGAGCCGGAGCCUGACCCUGAACAGACUGAGGCGCCUGGCAAAGGGGCGUCUAACAACGGCGACUUGUCCGCGGCUUCGUCCGAGAAGGACGAGAUCAACGGCUACCACGUCAACGGCUCUGUGAACGGGGACGAGUCUGUGGAUUCUCUCAGCGAGCACCUGGACACCCUCUCCAUGGACGCCCAGGAAUUGGAGGAUUGCGAGUCAAUGACCUUAGAAGCCGAAGUCGCUGUGGGUCAGUGCAGCCGAGUCUCUGUGUUAGACGUCGAGCCCUCUCGGACGCAGAAGAAAUUACAAUCCAGCCAUCCUUCCCAUCGACAGCAUCCUCCCAAAACGUAUCAACAGAGAAACGCAAACAAAUCCCGACCACGGACCAACUCGGGAUCCCAGUCCGCUGCCUCUCUUUCCUUAAUCAUGCCAGAGGAAGGCAUGGCUGUCUCAUCCAAAAAUAAAAAACUAGGUGCUAACAUAGAGAAAUCAGCCAAGGACCUGCAGCGCUGCACGGUGUCGCUGGCCAGGUACGGGGCCGUCAUUAAGGAAGAAAUGGACAUUUCCAUCAAGAAGAUGAAGGCGGUGUUUGCUGAUCUACAGAACUGCCUCAUGGACCGGGAGGUGGCGUUGCUGGGAGAGAUGGAUAAGGUCAAGGCAGCAGCACUGGAAAUCUUGGACAGCCGUCAGAAGAAAGCCGAGGGGUUGAAGAGAAUGACGGACAGUGCUGUGCGGAUGUCUGAGGAGCAGCUGGCGGAGCUCAGAGCGGACAUUAAGCAUUUUGUUAGUGAACGCAAAUACGAUGAGGACCUAGGACGUAGUGCACAGUUCACAUGUGAUGUGGAAGAACUCAAAGCGAGUAUCCAGGCAUUCGGACAGGUGUCACAUCCCAGGAACAACUACUCUGCUCGGUCUCGGUGUAGCUCCGUGUCCUCCAUGUCUGUCACCAGCCGCAGCGACAUCUCAGCCCCUUCGACCCCCGACUGCACCUCAAAUCCUAACCUGACCAGAUCGGGGAAGAAGGUUUCAUCUUCGGGGGAGCCCUCCACUGCCUCAGCCAACUCCGCCGCCCGCCCAUUUCCAUCAAACCGUCCGAUGCCUCAGGGGAACAGGAGGUCAGGUUACCGGCCUCAGCCCAACAGGCUGAACCCGAGCCAUGGGAGGAACGAGGAUAGAAACCGCCCCCGCAACGGAGCCCGGAACUACUACUCCAGCGCUCGCCCUAGCGGCCCCCCCCGGCCCCAACCCCCACCCCAGCUCCGGCCCCAACCGCAGCCCCUCCCCGCAGACAAGAGCCAGACACACUCUGCCACUCCCAACGGCACCCCCGCCGCCAAGCAGCCCCCCUUAGCCCAGCUCGCCCCCAAGCAGGCCCUGAUCGCCCCCCCCAACGCCCUCCCCCAACGUAGGCCAAGGUCAAGCGCAAAUGAAGCCACCACGGACUCCUGAGAGCUUCUGAUGCCCCCCUCCCUCCCUGUGAGGAGCAACAGCCCCCUCCCCCGACCCGUUAGAUGUGAUAAAACACACACAAAAACCAUUGAGUUUACAUUUACUGAGUCUGUGACACUUUAGCUUCUUCUAUUAUAGUCUCUGUCUUUCCUCCCCCCCCUUCCCCCCACCCUCAAGGUUUCUGUGUUCACACAUUUUGACUAUCAGCCUCUGUACAUUGUCAACGCCCUUCGGGAGGACACAGCGACAAUCCGGCUUAGACUUUAGGCAUUUUUUUCAAAUCUAUAUAAACCCAUUCUCGCUGGUGUGUCGUGGUUCACAGGAGAGUUUGCUCGCUGCCUUUCUUUUCUGUUAUUUUUUUCCCCCAAAUUCCAGAAUUCACUAUGCAUCUCCAAACCGUUCGGAAUGAAAGUGCCUUGUGUCAGUCAUUGUCACUUCUCUCUCUCACUCUCUCUUUCCCCCUCCCCUCCCGCUAUACUUUAUAUAAACGUGAAACAAAAAGGACCAAAGACCUUAAAAAGACGAUUGUACUAGAGAUCAACCUUUAAUCCCACCAGGGCAAGCACACUUACACUUACACACAGUCACACACUUACACACAGUCUCACACAAUCUCACACACGUACAAAUUAUUCUUCACUGAUAAUGGGUAUGUAUUUGAAAUCGAGCUGUUUUAAUGGAAGACAGUGGCCUGUUCAGAUUGUGUGUUAUUUGAUGUGCUGGAGACCGCAUGCCAAUGGGGGAAGAAACACACUGAAUUGCUGCCAGCUUCCUUACCCUGAUCCUCCGCCCACCUCCCACCUCAUCCUCGCCCACCCCACCCCACCCACCUCAGUCACGCUCAUUAGCCAAUCGUGACUCCAGCCGCUGGUUCCUGUUGCAAGUCUCCCAGAUCUCCUGCCUCAGAAUCUGCUGCUCAUUAGAAUCUUCCCUGUGAAGUAGUUUGACUCUUUUUCUACAGAAAUAUACAUAGGAAAAAAACCACAAGAGUCUUGAAUCGAAGCAGAUUGAACAUCGCACGGUGUCUUGUCCUCGUGCGUUUUACUUUCAUUGAGACUAAACGUGUUGCAAUUUGUUUACAUCUCUUUGUUGAGUUGAUGCUAGAAACCUGGAGUGGAGGGGUGUGUCCCAAGCCAUGUGUUAGGACCUCAUUGUCCAAUUUCUAUCUCCCACCCUCAGCUCAGCCCGUGUCCACUGAGCAGCUAAAAUCUGCCCCUUCUCAAACCCAGUUGCUGCGCCCAAUGCCAGUAAGUCGAUGCAUUUAUUGUGUCAAGCCAUCGCGUUAAGGGUGGCCAGUGUUGAGACCGAUGGGGGGAAGAGAGUAUUGCUGGUAAGUUCACUGUAGAAGCUUGGCUGGGGGGGGAGGGGGGGUUCAGCCAGGAUUUAAAGUGAAGUUCAAACAGAACGCCAAAUACUACAGAUGCUGGAAAUCUGAAACAAAAACCGAAGUCGCCGGGAACACUCAGCAGGUCAGGCAGCAGAGGAGAGAGUCCAGAAGGACUCAUUGAUAGAAGGGUCGUGGACCCGAGAUGUUGACUCACUUUAGGAGCGCCAUUGGGUGGUUUAGUGAGGGAGUGAGGAGGCCCGAGGCAUAAAGACCAUCAGUCACCUCAGCCCACGAGACCGAGAACCCAACAGUGAGUGCAGAUGCAUGUUCCUGAGCACCAACUAGUGAUGGCUGUUGGGAGGUUGGUGAGCACAGGCUGGGGUUGUGUUCUCUUCCACCCCCCCCCCCCUCGCUCUAGACAGAUCUAACCUGCCCACGCUCAGCCGCUGGGUGAGGUCACUAGUGAAUGGCUCGUACAUAAAUAGGAAGGAAAAGGAGUCAAACAUCUUCAGGAGAAGAUUGGUGAGACCUCCCACCACCAAUAGUCUCUUGGGUGACAAAGCAGCGGAAUCCAGCUCAGGGUGGGCUGGUGGUGUGUAGGAAACGCCGCUCUUUCUGAUCAGUCCAAGGCUCUCCUCCUCACACGUGAUGUAUUUAAAAAUGUAGUUGAUAAAAUAAAAAAAAGCAGUAUUCCAAA